AUGAAUCUCACACCCGCACUUUCUUCUUCUCUUUCCUCCGCCGCAUUCCACCGGAACAAUGCAUCCAAAAUUCCUACAUGCACCCUCUUUUCCUUCCGUCAUCGCCACUACUACAACCACUCUUCGUUGCGAGUUGUCAAUGAUUCUGAUAGGACUGAACUGUCAUCUGAUGCCAAAACUGAAACACCAUACUCAGAGGCUGAUAAAAUAGUUGACAGUAUGAACUUUGGUGAGCUGUGCAAUGAGUUUGAGUGCAACAGUAGUCCUUCAAUAGAAUCCACUGCAAGACAACUUGUUCGAGAUAUAUUCGAGCUAAGGAGCGGGAAUCGAGCGCUCGGAACAUAUGCAGUUUCUGUCACUUAUAAGGAUCCUAUCAGGAGUUUUACAGGUCGUGAGAAGUAUAAGAGACCUCUAUGGGCAGCCAUUGCACUAGACAAUCCAUCUGUGACUGUGCAGGAAAUGACCAUGCUGUCAACAAGUGUUUUAAGGAUCAAGUGGACAAUUAGAGGGAAGCCUAAAUCUGUUCUAGCUGGGGUGGGAGGAGAUCUCAUACUCAGAGUUACUUCCAAAUUCACUCUAAACCAAAUCAGUGGACAAGUCAUUCAGCAUGAAGAAUUAUGGGACUUAUCAGCUUCAUCUGCUAGUGCUCAGGCAUUUUUCUGGACAUCGCGUGUUCUCUUUGCUACUGUUGAAUCUAUAAAAGAUUUAGCUGAUAUUGCCAAGAAUUUGAGUGCUAAUUUUUCAACCAAGAAAGAGAACAUGGAUAUUUAUCCAGAUCCUUCUGGUGAUCCAACCAAGUUCUUUCAGAGGGACGACAGCUUUCAGCAAGAUAUAUACCAGAUUGCACUCCUCUUGGCAGUUAUUUAUUUUGUGGUACAGGUUCUGAGGAUAACUUUGUAA